UCGAGCGCAGGUUUUGCUUCACAGGAGCUGAGAGAGGGAAAAAGGGGAGAAAUCGACGUCUUCUGGGUCCGAAAAAAGCCAAGAACAACGGCUUGCUUUAGUCUGCUAAAUGUCAGCACAGCACAGUUAAGGCAUCCAUCAAGGCUAAAACGGGUUAGUCAAAGCUACUCGGAAGAAGAUGAACAAUGUUGUUGGAAAUUCUUCAGAUUUCAUAUUGGAAGGUUUCUUUUACCCACCUGGUGCAAGGACGCCUCUAUUUGUCUUAACCCUUUUGGGGUAUAUUUUCACUAUUUUUGUGAAUGUCCUGGUGUUUCUGACAAUAGCACUUAACAAGAAUCUACAUGAGCCAAUGUAUGUAACGUUGUGUAACAUGAUUGUCUGCGACUUAAUCGGAACCUCCGCUUUAAUGCCAAGACUGAUGUCCGACUUCCUCGUAGACGUGAAAGUCAUCUCAUUUGAAGCAUGCUUCAUUCAAACUUUCUGUCUUCACUUUUACACAAGUGGAGCUCAGAUGAUACUAACGGUGAUGGCAUUUGACAGAUAUGUUGCAAUUUGUAACCCUCUGCGCUAUGCGGCAAUCAUGACACCCCGGAUGUUAGUGAAACUGUGCUCACUUGCCUGGGGAGUGGCCUUUACUCUGGUCGUUGUUAUGUGUUCCCUUACAAUGAGACUUCCAAAAUGUAAAUCGCUAGUCGUGCACGCGUAUUGUUUCAUUGGAGCUUUGUAUGUACUGGCCUGUGGAGAUUAUACAUUGAAUAAUAUAUAUGGCUUAUGUAUGUAUUAUUUCCUAACCGCAGUGUCAUUUUCGGCUAUUGGUUUCACCUAUUAUAAAAUUCUAAUGACAUGUUUUUUUAAAUCGCAAAGCAACUCAAAAAGUAAAGCUAUUCACACCUGCGCAACACACUUAACUGCUUUCAUCGUGUUCGAAACAUUUCUUUUAUUUUCAGUUAUGUCUUUGCGCUUUCCAAAUACCAAUACAAAUGCCAUUAAGACAAUUGGAACUUUAAUGAUUACCGUUCCGCCGUGCUUGAACCCUAUGAUUUAUGGCAUAUACACUAAAGAAAUUCGUAAUACUGUGCUCAAAUGCCUAAAAAAUAAAUUAUCACCUAUUUAAAGAAAUAGAUACUUAACUUACUAUAUGAAGUGAGCUGAUAUAAAAAAAGCAGAUGCUGAUUGUCGAAACAUCGAUCAUUCCCAAAUUAUUUUUUACGCAAAUUCUAUUUCUGUAAACAACUUACUGUCUUCAUUUGAUUAAAAUAUUUUUAACUGUAAUCUUAAAUCUGUGUGAGUUGUCUGUGUCAGUCUAAAUUGAUUUAAAUAAUAAGUAAUUUUAUUGCGUUGUAUUUAGGCAUGCUGUUUUCAUAGGGAAGCUAGGUUCUAAAUUUUAAACUGUUGGAAGUUACUCUUAGUAUUUGCAGGACAAAAUUGCUUUUAGCAGGUUAUAUUUUCCAGAUAUUAUUUUUCCAUGUACUUCAAUAAAAGUGCCGUGAAUCAUAUUUAGAAGAAAUGGAAAGAAUUGUGUUUAUUCUGAAUAGCAGUUUUCCCAGUGCUUAUGAGUUUUAUGUUUAUCUUUAUUAAGUAACCUCGCACAGAAUUAUUGUUCGAAAACAGUAAAUGAAAAAAACGAGUUAAUGUACAGCAAUAAAAUCCCAUUUCUUCUAAA